ACAGGAGAAAGGACGCGUCUGGAGGCGUUCUGAGCCUGGCGCGAAGGACUGAAAGGAUCUUCCGCUUCUUCGACCUCGUAUGGCUGGAUGGGAACGAGGUUGGGUGGGAUUCGCUCGGUCGCUUCGAAGCCUACGAGCGUUGGUUCGCUGUCAUCGAAUGUGUACUGGUCGUCCACGUCGUCGAAGUCGUCAAAAGCUUCUGCAGCAUUCUCCUCGUCGCUCGCCUCCAGCAUAUCCGGGUCGUCCUCCGUCUCCGAGCCAUCGCGGUCAUCAUUGACAGGCUCGGGGGCUGCUGCGUGUUCGACGAAUACAUCCUCAAGGCCUUCAACCAAGCUGCUUCUUAGUCCUGUGUUGGCUGGACCUGGAGCAUUCUCAGUUGCCGGGUUUGCUGAUUCAGUCUGCUCUUCUGCCUCGUGAUCGGGCUGCUCGGCAUUUUCCUGGUCAUGUCCGACUGAAGUCUCGUCUUCAAGUAUGGGUUCACGCGUCUCACUGUGCUUUGCUGGGCUCAGG